AUGGCUAUAGCUAUGCAGGCAACAGCUGAGGCAUUGGGUAAUCAGAUAAACCAGGGUAAUCACGGGAACAAUAAUCAUGAGGACGGUCCUAUGACAGUUGCUACAUUUCUGAAAGUUCACCCUCCGACUUUUAGGAGAACCUCAAAUCUUACUGAUGCAGAUAAUUGGAUUCAGGCUAUGGAAAGGGCGUUACAGGCACAACAGGUUCCUGAAGAGCAAUGGGUUAAAUUUGGAACUUAUCAGUUGCAAGGUGAAGCUCAGUAUUGGUGGCAGGGAACACGACGUAUCCUGCAGCCUGAUGGUGCUGCGAUUCCUUGGGAGGUUUUCUGGACAGAAUUUUAUAAGAAAUAUUUUCCUAAUUCAGUCAGAAAUACCAAGAAACUUGAACUGAUGCAAUUAAAGCAGGGACAGAUGAUUGUUGCUGAGUAUACUAGUAAAUUUGAAGAGUUAUGUCGCUUUUCUCGUAUUUGUCAAGGUGCGCCUGAAGAUUUUGCUGAAUGGAAGUGUAUAAAUAUAAAGGAGGUCUUCGGAGCGAUAUUCUGA